AUGACUGCUAGGAAAGAAAAGCUUUUGAAGAAAUACUUAGAAAAGAAAAGAAAGCAAAGAAGCAGAGAUGAGCUAUAUGCACAGAUAGCUGCAUUGAAUAAGCUCAAGGGGAAUGGCUGUGACGAGAAAAAGCCUGUCCAAAGAAAUCUAAAGGAGGCUAAAGAAGUUCAGCAUGAUAUGGAGGACAUCUCAACAUCAGCCUCUGAAGAUCUUCCAUUUGAUUUAAAGAAUGCAAAGUCCCAGGCCAUACCCAAUGAAAUAACAUCUACUACCUGUGAAGCUACAGAAGAUUUGGAUGGAGAGGAGGUCAUGGGCAUGUACCUGUGGGAUUCUCAUAUAAAGAAUACUCAUGUGCAGUCCACAGAUGCUUCUGUCUCCCCCGGAGAUAAGGAGAUGUCGUAUAGUAAAGACAUUUCUGAAUCCUCUGUCUCUAAGGAAGAAAACACCUGCACUGAAGAAAAUGCAAGAAAAGAUACUCUUAGAGAGUAUGACACAAAAACUCUUGGAAACAGGAGAGAAGAUAUUGAAGAAUUCAGAAAGACCCUGCCUAUCUAUUAUGAAAAAGGUGAGAUUAUAUGUGCCGUCAGGGCAUCACCAAUUGUUUUUGUUACCGGAGCUACUGGAUGUGGUAAAACAACCCAGAUCCCCCAGUUUCUUUAUGAGGGAGGGCUUGGAAUGGAAGGGAUGAUAGGUGUUACACAACCAAGAAGAAUAUCUGCAACUUCGAUAUCUGCCAGGAUCAAUGAGGAGGCAAAUGAAAAUCUCUGUGGAUACAAGAUCCGAUAUGAAUCUACAGUCACUUCGGAAACAAAGAUUAAGAUAAUGACGGAUGGAGUUCUGCUCAAGGAAAUACAGGAGGAUUUUCUUUUGUCAAAGUACUCUGUCAUAAUCAUUGAUGAGAUCCAUGAAAGAAGUACCAACAUCGACCUCUUGAUUUCCAUUAUUCCUCGGAUCAUGAAGGUUAGAAAAGAGAGAGGGUGCGAGCUCAGGCUAGUCUUGAUGAGUGCUACCGGAGAUGUAGAGGAGCUCAAGGGAUUUCUUGGAGACAUUAAGGUCUUUGUGUGCCCGGAGAAGAGAUUCCAGGUAAGCACGUUUUAUGAGGAGAAGACAGAAGAGGAUUAUUUGAGUGCAGCAUACGAGAGAAUAAGAAAAAUAGUUCUUUCUGGAUCUGGGACUAGGAAAAAAAGAAAAAUGAAUGAAGGAAAGACUGACGUGAUAGGGUCUGGGGUUUCCAACGACACAUCUGCCUCGAUUCUUGUUUUCCUCACUAGCAAGCAAGAAAUAUAUCAGCUCAAAAAUAGGCUAGAAGAUUCAGGAAUGGACAUAACGGUGCUUCCUCUUCAUUCAUCCCUUUCAAAGGUGGACCAAGAGGCUGUGUUUAUCAAAACAGUCAAUAGAAAGGUAGUUCUUGCCACCAAUAUUGCGGAGACAAGUAUUACCAUAGCAGACAUUGUCUUUGUAAUUGAUUCUGGAAAGGUUAAGAACAAAACAGUAGACUCGGAGGGUGUUACAAGAUAUUCGGUAGACUUCAUCACAAAGUCCAAUGCAAUUCAAAGAAUGGGGAGGGCUGGAAGGACUGGCCCAGGGAUAUGCUAUAGGCUGUAUUCUGGAGAAGCCUACGAGAAGUUCUAUGAAUCCCCAGCGCCACAGAUUUUAAGAGAGCCUCUUGACAAUGUUGUUUUGAAUCUCAUGUCUCUGGGAAUCAGAAAUGCACAAGCGUUCCCGUUUUUAUCAAAGCCAAGGAAGACAUCCAUAGAUGAUGCCAUUACACGUCUUCAGGGUCUGGGCGCUGUUGAUGAGAACUUAAAUCUGACGGACAUAGGAAAGAAGAUGUCAAGGUAUCCCAUAGAGCCUCGAUUGGCGAGACUGCUUUGCACGCAAGGCCUUGAAGACAUAUUUACAGAGAUCCUUGCUCUUAUCAGCUUGAUCUCAUCUGGCACCGAAAUAAAAAAGAAUCGUAGCAACAAGAAGUACUUUGAAGGUUCAAAAAGUGAUCUUCUUGUCCAGUUAGGUAUAUACAACGAUUUCCUGAGAAGUAAGAACAGGAAAGCAUUCUGUACAGAGAUGGGCCUGAAUUACACGACUGCAGUUGAGACGAUGAAGAUGAUGGGGCAUCUACUAAAGCUAUCUGGACGUGCAGCUGAUAAGGAUCCAUCUCUAGAUCUGUCACCUAAUAUAUGUUUAAAAAUAAGAAACAUAGUGUACCGAAGCUUUGCUGACCAUUUGGUAAUCCCCUUAUCUGGAUCACAUUUCUUCCAUAAAGAAGAGCUUAUUCCAUCAAGGGAUAGUAUUUCUGUUAACAGCGAUGAUUUUGUUGUGUUUGAGACUCUAGUUUCGAGCAAAGGCAAGUUAUAUAUGAAGAACGUUACAAUUGUCGAGAAAGCCUGGUUCUGA